AUGUUAAGGAACAAGAUUGAAUGUAAAUAUAAUCCUGCACAAUAUGACGAAGCAUUCAAAGCGGUUCCAAUUAAUUGCCGGCGAUGCGUUAUGUUUUCUCCGGAUCACUCCGACGAACAAUUUUGUCAUUGCAAUCGAAUGAGACGAGAUCAUCCGAUAAUUUCAUCGAAUCCGCAUCAACCGUGGAGAAUCGAUACGCAUACCGAGAGAAUUUUUACGAAAGAACAAGGUGUUUCCCUUGUCAACGGUGCUUUGUAUGUUCGAUGUGACAUUGAAACUGAUCCAACUAUCAUAAAAGGAAUUCUACUCGACAUCUGGCAUAUGCCAAUACCAGCACUUCUUAUGCAAAUUACUGGUGGACAUAAAUAUUUUAAAUUACGUGGAAACAUGCAGGUAGCUUUUCUCGAUGAUUUAGUUCGAUUCAUUAGUAAAUCAAAUACUUGGUUGUUUACCAAUGCAGCAAACGUGGGAAUUGUUCAUUUAAUUGGACAGACCAUUCGUAAACGAAGAUUGACGAAACCGCUUCAUAAGACAGUGGCCAUUGGUGUUUGUAACUAUGGUUUUGUAAAGAAUAUCGGUGAUUUUCAACGACUGGAAGUCGAGAAAUCAUUCGAAGAGGCAAUGGGAACAGAAGACCGAGAUCUCAAUGAUCUAAAUCAAGGACGAUCCGGUGGACAACGUCUGGAAAUGAAUCACACACAUUUUAUCUUUCUCGAUGAUGGAACUAUUCGACGGUUUGAAACUGGAGACUAUCGAACUAGAUUAGCAAAAACAAUUGCUAGUCGACAAACGACACAAGAAUUACCUAUACCGAUUGUAACAGUCUUAUUUGAAGGCGGUGAAGAUUCUGUUCGGUCAAUUUAUAAUGAUCUGCGUCGAAAUAUACCUGUGAUUAUUAUCAAUAAUACUGGCCGAAUUGCUGAUUUUUUCGUACGAUGGUUGGCGCGUACACAAGAAAUGGAUUUAGAUGCGAACUGGACAGUUCCACUUGAUAUCGAUCGUGAAAUUUUUGUACAACAAAACUCAACAUGUUCUCCACUAUCGACGGACGAAUCGAAUCGACAUCGAUUAUCGAAGAAAUUCGAAAAAUACCUCAGUGCGAUGACGGAUGAAUUAGUUCAAGCAGUGAAUGGCAUCGAUCGUGAUCGUUCUAUUAAAGUAAUCAAAACUGAUACAUUGAAAAAAAUCAAUCCAGAUAUUCUUCUUAUGGUCCUCUAUUGUCUUCAACCAACUGUACGUGCAAAGAUUAGUAUAUUCAACGUCAACAAAGGUGAAACAUUACCUGAUACGAUUCUUCGAAGCAUUUGUAAAUCGGUUGUCAUCAAAGCGCAUCAGAAUCUUCGUUUGAAUAAAACCGAACGGCCUGUCGCAUACUUAGAUUAUCUGUUAGAAUUAGCGAUCGAUUGGGAUUGUAUUAAUACUGCUAGAGAAUUGAUUGUUCAAGAUUUACUUGAUAAUAUUUAUAAUAAAAAAGCAAUCUUCUUGCGUGCAUUGACAAAACAACGGCAUCGAUUUAUUCAUUAUUUUAUUCACUUAGGUUUCAAAAUCGAUGAGAUUUUCUUUCAUCCGAAAUCAAAUCCAUUUGCAGCAAGAGAACAUAGCAAAACAAACAAACGUUAUGAUGAAUUUAUCUCUUUGUUGUACACGAACGAAGCUAUUAAUCGCGAAGAUUGGAUGUUACGAAAUAUAUUCAAAACAACGAAUGAUAAGAAUCGAAGAAUAAUUUCAUCCACCGAUGAUUUGAAUAAAUUAUUUCAAAAGGUGAUUGGUAGUUACGUCAAAUCGCUCUAUUAUGAUUCUCAAAUCGAAGAACAAGAAGACAGAAUGGGUGUCAAGCGUUUCACGAACAUAAUUUCACCUGCGCACGAUAUUGAACAAGGACAAUUGAUCGGUACUGAUGCAAGUUACAAACAAUUAGCAAGAGAUUACAUUAUCCGUGAUCUGUUUCUAUGGUCGAUUGUUAUGAAUCACAUGGAAUUAGCAAAGGUGUUUCUUGCGCAUAUGAAAGAUCGUAUAUGUGGUGCUUUGAUUGCGACUGAGAUACUUUCGCAUUUACGUGAUAAUUCAUCGGAUGCAGUGUAUGGUGAUAAGAAAGUUCGUUUGACACUUUGGAUAAAUUAUUUCGAACAAUACGCAAUCGAUUGUAUGGACUUAUGCUUUCAAAAUGAUCCAAAUAUGGCACAGUUAUUAACUGUACAACGAGUAGAAAUGUUCGGCGAUGUCACUUGUCUACAGGUAGCAGAUGAUGCGAAUAGUAAACGAUUCGCUUCGCAUCCAUGUUGUCGACAAGCAGAAAAUAGUAUAUGGUACGAUAAAUUGCAUUCGGAUCAGUUUCAUUUACGGUAUUAUAUCGGACAGUUAAUUGGAACAUGGACUCUGGGUUUAUUAGCUCCGAUUUUCACUCGUUUCCGCACUAUAAAUCCAACUCAAUUGCCAACUGAACCCACACUGCAAUCCUAUGGUAUUAAUUAUUGUGAUCCAUAUGCCAUAAAUCACUUCGAAGGCAAAUUUAUGCAAACUAUCUAUCAGAUUUGGAAAUUUCAUCAGUCGUUGCAUAUUAAAUUCACUUAUCAUCAUGUUCAAUACAUAACUUUCCUUUUCCUAUUUAGUUAUGUUCUUUUAUUUCAUUUCGAUCCACUAUUGGACGAUCAUUCAACAAUUCAUUCAACAGAAAUGCUCGUCAUUGCCGCUGUGACUUGUAUGUUAAUCGAAGAGAUUCGUAUUUUCUUUAAACAAGAUAGCUUGUCCUUUAGAGGCAAAUGCUACAGUUACUUUCGGUAUUUUUUCAAACAACUGUGCGUGAUUUCGUUUGUUUUGUUCUACAUCGGUUUAAUUCUGCGAUUUGCUGCUGUUGGGGACUCAGCGACAUUCCAGACAGCAAGGAUUAUCAUGGGAUAUGAUCUAUGGCUUUGGUGGAUGAGAUCGCUGCAGUUCAUCAUUGUUAAUCCAUACCUUGGACCGCAUUUGGUAUCUAUUGGAAAGAUGUUGAAAAAUUUAUCCUUUUUUGCAAUCUUGAUCGCCAUUGUGAUGACUGCUUAUGGUGUCGCUUCAAGAUCUAUGGCUUUCUAUGGUACCUUUGCAUUCAAUGGUCGAGAAAUACUUCGUUCAGUUCUCUAUCCCGUUUAUUAUUUACUUUAUACCAAUCUAUCAGGAGAAUUAAGUGGUUUAGAUGAAGCGGCCGACGUUAUAACCAGUAUUGCAACGCAUGUUUUACUCGCUUUUCAUAUGCUUUUAAUCAAUGUGCUUCUUGUUAAUCUACUAAUAGCGAUGUUCAAUAAGAGUUUUCAAGAUGUUCAAUCGAUUCAGUCUGAUAUUUGGAAUUAUCAACAAUAUGCCGUUGUUCGUGAAUAUUUCGAUCGGCCAUCUUUAUUCUUACCUUUCAGCACAAUCUUUGAUAUCAUUGCAAUCGUUAAAAUGUUGUACCACUGGUAUCUUCGUGUGCGAUAUAACUAUGCCAAUCCAUUACAGCGUGUGUUCAAAGUAAUUGCUGUGCGACCAGAGUUGGAACUGGCUUGGCAAGAAUUUGAAAGUGCAUCAACGUAUGCUUAUGCACAAUGCGAAGCACUAGUCAAAGUUAAUCAAACGAUUAUCAAUAAGAAUUCUACUUUGCAAGAAUCAGGUGAAGAUAGAUCUGCUAAUAAUGUUCGAAAAAAUAGUGAUACAAUUAUUCAACUGCGUAAUGAAUUUCGAGCAGCAAUUCGAGAUCUUCGAAAUGAUAUUCAGCUUAUUGUGAAACAAAAGUGA